AUGCAACAUUCAUGCCAUUUCAGUCAGCACCCCCUAGCCUGGGAUAUCUCCAUGCUAGAAGAACAUCCUUUCUUUGCUCACCCUCAUCCCCCUCCAUACUAUGACAGCUUCGAAAGUAGCUCCGGGGAGCCCUCAAAAUGCGAGAAAAAGGCGCACAAAGAAAGAGCCAAACAGGGUAUGGAAGAUGAACAUCCCGAAAAGCCAGAGUUCGGAUUCGGUCGUUCCUGUGGCCGCGGCCGUCGCGGUUUUCUUCAUCGCCAUCUUGGACCAGGACAUCAUUCAUAUCCUCAUGAAUACGAGCAUGAUGAGGAGAAUGGAUUCAGCCGAUGGACUGAACAUGAAGGUCCGGGAUUCGGACAUCACCACCACCACUCUCACCACAGACGAGGUCACCCCUGGGGAAUGUUCCAUGGACUAGGACGAGGGGGACCAGGACGGGGACGAGGUCUAGGUAGAGGUGGCAGAGGCUUCGGCCAUCAUUUUUACAACCUCCACCAUAUGCAUCCCCGCUUCCGCUCUUUUCACCACUCGCACGACCCGACCAGUUUCACGCCCCCGGUCGACAUCUUUGUCACACCUACCCAAACGAUCAUCCAUGCGUCACUUCCGGGAGCUCAAAGAUCGGAUUUGAGCGUUGCAUAUGAUGCAUCGCGUUCCAUGCUGCGCAUGGCUGGGGUUGUACACCGUCCCGGAGUUGAUGAGGAGAUGUAUAGGGCUUUGCUGGUUGGGGAGAGAGGGCGCCAUUUGGGAGUGUUUCAAAGGGAGCUGCCGAUCUCCCACAACGUUGCCGUUGAGGCGAUCCAGGCUCGACUGGUUGACGGGGUUCUGAGGGUUGCACUUCCUAGGGUUGAGGGGGAAGUUGAACAAACCGACGAGAUGGAGGAGAUGGAGAAGGAGGGUGCAAGUAGUGAACUUAAUGUUGAGGGAAAAGACGAAGAACAUGAGGUGGAAGACGAAGUUGAAGGGGAGUAUGUGAAGGUGGAUAUCCAGUGA